AUGGAUGUCACGCGACAGAUCCUCAAGUGCAUCAUCGCCAAACGGGAUACACUAAAGUGCUACUACAUCAACAAGGACGCCCAGGGUCUGGUGUACGAAAUCAUCAUGGGCCAACGACACGAACACAGCGAUCUUGUCGAAACUCUCAAGGGAUGCAUCAAGCAGACCUACACCAACAACCACAGUGUGCUCAUCGAAAAAGACUGGGACACCAGCUCCAUCCCUUGA